GUUUUAUUGAAAUGGUUCGCCCCACUAUCGUCCUUAAUAUGGCCAAGCGAGUGCCACUCAUCAACUUCCGCAAGGGCGGCGGUGGAGCGGCGCCUGGCGCCCAGUCCGCAAACCAGCAGGCAAGUUCCGAGCCAGCAGGAGGCAAAAAGUUGGCUGGCGGUCCCGCCAUCGAGGAUUACGAAUUGCCUGCCCGCUUCGCUCGCAAGCCCAUCGACCCGGAGGAGGCGGAGUACAUCAACAACGGUGGACCACCGAAAUAAACUAUUAGUGUCGUGUCCCGUUCGGAAAAAAAAUCGUGUUGAAACUCAUGUCACCGCUGACUUAGCAAUCGCCGCCACAUCCAUAUAUCACGCAUGUUUAACGUAAAUUAUACAAACCAGAAUUAAACUACAACAAAACCGA